AUGAUAAAGGGAAAUCAGUCAUUGAUGACAGAGUUCAUCCUGGUUGGACUUUCCCAUUACCCUCAGGCACAGACUGCCUUCUUUUGGGUCGUGCUGAUUGUCUACAUAGUGACCCUGGUAGGGAACAGCCUCAUCAUGCUGUUGAUAGUUGUUGACCACCAGCUCCACACCCCCAUGUACUUCUUCCUCAGCAACCUUUCCUUCCUUGACAUCUGCUACUCCACCAGCUCUGUCCCCCAGAUAAUGGCAAACUGCUUUAGAGAGAGACCCACCAUCUCCUACAGCAGGUGCUUGGCACAAAGUUACAUUUCCCUCUGUUUAGGCAUAACAGAGUGUCUGCUUCUGGCUGUCAUGGCCUACGAUCGCUUUGUGGCUAUCUGCAAUCCACUGCAUUACACUGUCAUCAUGAGAGGUAAGGUCUGCAUCCAGCUGGCAGUAGCAUCAUGGGCCAUUUCCUUCUUUUUGACAUUGGCCCAGGUAGUGAUACGGCCAAAGAGAUUAUGUGGACACAGUGUCAUCAAUCAUUUCACAUGUGAACUGCAAACAUUGCUCAAACUGGCCUGUUCUGAUACCCACAUCAAUGAGAUGAUCAUGCUUGUUACCAGCCUCCUGGUUCUUGUUGUACCCUUUGUCUUCAUUUUAGCAACUUACAUGCGCAUCAGCCUGGCUGUGCUGCACAUCCACUCAGCCCAGGGCAGGACAAAAGCCUUCUCCACCUGUGGCUCCCACCUGACUGUGGUCACUAUAUUCUAUGGCACAGCCAUGUUCAUGUACUUGCAGCCUCAGUCUAAAUCUACCUUAGACCAAGACAAGCUUAUUGCUGUGUUUUAUGGUGUGGUCACUCCCAUGCUAAACCCCUUGAUCUACAGCCUGAGGAACAAGGAUGUGCAGGGGGCCGUGAGGAGAACCAUCACAAGGACAGUGUUGGUGUAG